AUGAAUGUUGAAGAUAAAAAACAAGAAAGAAGCAAGGCUAAAAUGGCAAUCACUGUCGCUGCGAGGCGUCUGAUCGGAGCCUACAACAGAGAUUGUGAAUAUGAUAUUUUAAAGGAUUCAAUGUUCGAACUUGAAAAGGUAUUUGAUGAUUUUUGCGUUAUAAAUGAGGAAUACGAACUCAUUGUAUCUGACGAAAAAUAUGCUGAACACCGUGUAGUUAAUGGUGAAGACAUUAUGACUUACAGAGACAAUGUAAAAAGGUGCUAUGAAGAAGCUAGGAGUGUAUUUUUUAGUGUAAAGACAACAAUCGAACAAAAAGCUAGACAACAAAGUGCUGGGCCUGUCAAAGUUGCCCUAAAGAAUGACAUUUGUAGAAUUCAUGAACUAAUCACAGUCGUUGAUGAGAGUUUUAAACUGGAAAAUGUGAAUAUAGCAGCUUUACAACUAGAUAAGAGUGAUCUACAGUCAAUUUUGAACAUAAUAUGUGAUAACAUGGCAAAACUUGGCUCGAUUGAAACACAAGAGCAAGUUAACUUAAUCCAAGAAGAAGUCGAUGCUAUUAUCAGAGCA